AUGCUCUACACGAACGUGACGAGGAUCAAGGACUUCUUCAUCAUUGGAUUCCCCGGACUUUCACUGGACCUGUAUAAACCUGUGUCCGCCCUGCUGUUCAUCCUCUACCUGGCUAUAGUUGGAGGGAAUAUUUUCAUUUUAGUGUUUGUGAAAUGUGAAAGGGCUCUUCACAAACCCACAUAUCUGAUCUUCUGCCACCUCGCACUAACUGACCUAGCAUUUGGGACUGUUACUCUACCGAAGAUCAUAUCAAAGUACUGGUUUGAUGACGGCAUUAUUUCCUUUUACAGCUGCUUUGCACAAAUGUAUUUUGUUCAUGCUUUAGGCGCUGCUCAUUCCUUCAUCCUGAUGGUGAUGGCUCUCGAUCGCUUCAUUGCAGUCUGCGCUCCACUGCGUUACACAACUCUCUUGACAAACACCAAGGUUUCUGUUCUCUGUGGGAUAUCAUGGUUGAUGCCAGUAUCGUGGAUGGUGGGUGUAGUUUUCGAUGCUCUUACUUUGCCUUUUUGCAACUCAAACAUGAUAACUCAGUGCUAUUGUGACCAUAUCGCAAUAACAACACUCGGAUGCGAGAAUGUGCGAGAAGUGCAGCUGAUUGCGUUCGGUCUUGCCAUGUUCAGUUUGUUGGUGCCCCUGGGUUUUAUUGUAUUCACUUACUUUGUCAUCAUUGUCGCUGUAGCGCGUAUUUCCAGCUCUGAGGGCCGCGUCCGGACCCUGUCCACGUGCACGCCACAGCUCAUCAUCACACUUCUGUAUUAUAUGCCAAGAUGCUUUGUGUACCUGGCAAAUAAUGUGGGAUUCACGUUCAGUGUUCCCGUUCGCAUUGUUGUUGUAAUGCUGUACAGUCUUUUACCUGCUGCUGUCAAUCCAAUGAUAUACUGUUUCAAAACCAAGGCUAUAAAGGAGAACUUGAAAAGGAAAUUGUUAAAGAGGAAAAUAAAUGUUAGCACUUGA